CGCCGGCGGGGAGGCGGGACGCGGCGGGGCGGGGUCCCGGGUCGCGGCGGAACCCAGCGGCCGCGGCGAAGGGGGGACCCUGUCGAGGUGGCCCGCGACGCUCCCCGCGACGCUCCCCGCGACAGCUCGCGCAGCCCGACCCCCUCGGCUCCGUCCGCUCCUUCCUGCGGGGGCCCCGGCUUCUCCUCUCCCGGAGGGCCGCGCUCCAGGGGAAAGGUGACCGCCGCCCCGCUCGCUGUGUCUCCCGUCCGACAGCCGUGCCUGCCGCUGCAGCCACCAUGGGGCCUUGGGGAGAGCCGGAGCUGGUGGUGUGGCGCCCGGAGGCGGUGGGCUCGGAACCCGCAGGGCCUGUGGGGCUGGAGGUGAAAGUCGGGGCCCUGGUGCUGCUGCUGUUGCUCACCGCGCUGUGCAGUCUGGUGCCUGUCUGCGCGCUGCGCCGGCCCGGGGCUAACCCCGAAGCCUCCGCCUCCCGGCAGAAAGCCUUGAGCCUAGUCAGCUGCUUCGCGGGGGGUGUCUUCCUGGCCACCUGUCUCCUGGACCUCUUGCCUGACUACCUGGCGGCCAUAGACGAGGCCCUAGCGGCCUUGCACGUGACGCUCCAGUUUCCCCUGCAAGAGUUCAUCUUGGCAAUGGGCUUCUUCCUGGUCCUGGUGAUGGAGCAGAUUACACUGGCUUACAGGGAGCAGUCAGGGCCACCACCUCAAGAGGAGACCAGGGCUCUGCUGGGAACGGCAAACGGUGGGCCACAGCACUGGCACGACGGGCCAGGGCUCCCACAGUCAGGGGGAGCCCCAGCAGCCCCCUCAGCCCUGCGCGCCUGCGUACUGGUCUUCUCCCUGGCCCUGCACUCAGUGUUCGAGGGACUGGCGGUGGGGCUGCAGCGGGACCGGGCCCGGGCCGUGGAGCUGUGUCUGGCGUUGCUGCUCCACAAGGGUGUGCUGGCGGUCAGCUUGUCCCUGCGGCUGCUGCAGAGCCACCUGCGGGCACAGGUGGUGGCUGGCUGUGGGAUCCUCUUCUCAUGCAUGACCCCUCUGGGCAUCGGGCUGGGGGCAGCUCUGGCUGAGUCGGCUGGGCCUCUGCACCAGUUGGCCCAGUCUGUGCUGGAAGGCAUGGCAGCCGGCACCUUUCUCUACAUCACCUUCCUGGAAAUCUUGCCCCAGGAGCUGGCCACCUCUGAGCAGAGGAUCCUCAAGGUCAUUCUGCUUCUUGCAGGCUUUGCCCUGCUCACUGGCCUGCUCUUCAUCCAGGUCUAGGGAGCUCCAGGGGCCCUUGACCUUCCUUUCCUUCCCCAGCGUAUAAGAGUAGGAGUGGGGAAGGGAGGAUGGAGGGUCAGAGAGUUCUCUGGGAGACAGGGAUGGAGUCUUUGGGACGGACUGACCAAUGUGAGGGAUGUGGUAGACAAGAGCCUGGCCUCAAGGGAUAGUCACAUCACUAAGGACAUGAUCGGGGUUGCAUACUGGGGAAGACACCGAGUGCUAGAAAGUCGGGGUCAGACACUAUGUACAGGCACGGGCUGGUGGUGGGAAGCCUGGGGGGCCGUACCCAGCGGCCGUGGGAUGGGAAGGUAUGGAGGAGGCCCAGCCCAGAGUCAGCAGUCCUGCCGGUUCUAGCCUGUUUCGGCCCUCUGUCACCGGGGCGGAGUGGACUGCUACUUCUAGCUCCUUCUCUGUAUCUCCUGCUUCCCUUCUCCCAGAGGACUCAUGCCAAAUGGCUUCUUCCUGCCAGUUUUGGUACCUUCUCUGGGUUCUCUAGUCCUGCUCACUUCUCUGUUUUUAAAGUGCCAAAUAAAUCCCUUCCCUCUUUGUCAAAAAGCACAGUGAUGGCCCUGGACCCGGCCCAACAUCUCAGUGAGGGGCCUGCUUGCCCUUUCCAGGCAGCCCUAUUUGCUGAGCUGAGGUUGGGGGAGGGUUGGCAGGGCUGCGCCCUAGGAAUCCUGAAGCGACAUGGCUGCCGAGUGCCCAGAUGACAAACACUGAGCUGCCAAAACUUUUUUAUACCAGAGGAGCCCGAGGGGAAGGCUCACCCCAGCUAUUUUUGGGGAGGAAGGGCCGUGGAUAGAGCCACGUCCUCGAGAAUCUAUUUUACUAACUGACCUGUUUUGGGACUUGUUACCCAAAUAAAAGAUGUUUCUAUACA